CAUGAGAGUAUUCGAUAUGCUUUUCUCGGCGGUUUCAACAGGCAAUUGAUUCGGAGUACAGGUAGCAUAGCAGUGUACGCUAUACGUGCAUCGGGUAGCUUUAGCAUCAGUCAUGGGGACGCUAGGUAUAGAUUUCGCCCAGGUACAAGAAUGGUUGGAUAAAAAUACAGAGUGUAUGCAGGAGUACUUUGUGAAAAAAGCUGAUAUCUUACUCAUCAACAAGUGGUUGAUAUCACAUGGGUUUCAUACUCUACAGGAGUAUGUUUCAGGCAAAAGGGGUUCUAUGUCCAGAGACAGCGGAAGUCCUGCCUCACCAACAGUCACAGACAAUGGUUUCUUCUCUGACAAGGAUAUUUCCCAUAGGAGGAGCAACUCAAAGAAACAUUUGAGACAUGAUUACGCCAGAUCCAAAACACGAAAUACAUUUAGAACCUUUGAUCCAACCACAACGUCCACCAGUGUGGAGUCUACAAUAGAAAAACGGAGGAGUAGUUUAAAGGGGAUGAGACAGUUCCUCUCACUGCCGCCAACUUCAGUGAACAUGCUUAGCAUGCUUAUUUCAUCUAAGAUACGUUUACCAAGAUAUGCUAGCAAGGAUGAGGAGUUCAAAAGAGAACUUCGUGGGUUCAAUGAAAAGGAAUUCUUUUUAGAAAUAGUAAAAGAAAUCUCCCAUGAACUAGAUCUAAGAAAUCUCAGUGGAAAGAUUGUUAACAAUAUUCAGAUCCUAUUAGAUGCUCAGGGGAGCUCUUUAUUUCUGGUGGAAAAGAAGCAAGGAAAGAGCGAACUUGUAUCAAAGGUGUUUGAUAUGUGUGCAGGUACGAGUACCCUGCCAAGUAACUAUGGAGACAAUGUUGUGAAAGUUCCAUGGGGCCAAGGGAUUAUUGGAUAUGUUGCAGAGACAGGUCUGACAGUGAAUAUCGACAGAGCGAGUCAGGACCCGAGGUACAAUAAUGAGGUUGACACGAUUACAGGCCAUGAGACAGAUUCCUUGCUAUGCAUGCCUAUUAGAAACGCUGACAAUGAAACUAUUGGUGUGGCCCAAGUCAUCAAUAAACGCCCAGAUGAAUCGUUCAGUUUAGAUGAUGAAAAGGUGUUUGAGACGUACUUGGCCUUUUGUGGCAUGGCAAUCAGCAAUGCACAAAUGUUUGAGUCAUAUACUGUGGAGUAUGACAGAAACAGAGUGCUGCUGGAAGUUGCUCAUGAUCUCUUCGAGGAACAAACCUCGGUAGAAAAAGUAGUCCAGAAAAUUAUGCAAAAGGCUCAAUCAUUACUCAAGUGUGAACGGUGCUCAGUUCUCCUGCGAGACCAGAAUUCGGAGAAGGUGGUAUUUAGCAAGGUAUUUGACCUGGUUGUGCCAAAGAGGAAUGGCCACACAAGUUUGAGUCGUGAAAACAUCACUGACCUAAAGAUGGGGAAUAAGAUAGCUGAGAUUGUGGCAUCUACGGGUGAGACGGUUAAUAUUGCAGAUGCCUAUCAGGAUACCAGGUUUAAUAUGCAGGCAGAUAAAGCAAGUGGCUUUCGGACAAGAUGUAUUCUAUGUAAACCAAUACGAAACAGCAGUAUGAAAUGCAUAGGUGUGGCUCAAACUAUAAACAGAACUGAUGGCUUGCCAUUUGAUGACCAUGAUGAUCAACUAUUUGAGGCAUUUACAAUAUUCUGUGGACUUGGCAUCAAUAACUGUAUUCUGUAUGAUGAAGUUAAGAGAGCUGCUGUCACCCAAGCUGUUGCAUUAGAGGUGCUUUCAUACCAUGCUACAGUACCAGCAGAUGAAGUAUAUAAGAUUAAAAACAUCCCUGUGCCAGAGGCAAAGGAGUGGAACCUGACUGGGUUUGACUUCAAUGACUACUCCUUAGACUCCAAUGAGAUGAUCAUAGCAGCGAUACGCAUAUUUAAGGAUACUGGCCUUAUAAGGAGAUUCAAAAUUGAAAUUGAUACUCUGGUUCGCUGGUUACUGACUGUGAGGAAGAAUUAUCGUAAUGUAGCCUACCACAACUGGCGCCAUGCAUUCAAUGUCUGUCAGUUCAUGUUUGCAAUAAUAACGAACUGUGGUAUGGACAAAGUACUCAGCCAUGUGGAGAGAUUGGCAAUGAUAGUUGCCUGCCUGUGUCAUGAUCUUGACCACAGGGGCACCAACAAUGCAUUCCAACAAAAAACCAGUUCACAUCUUGCCCAACUGUAUGGUACUAAGGCCACCUUAGAACAUCAUCACUUUAACCAUGCAGUCAUGAUUCUGAACAGUGAGGGACACAAUCUUUUCUCCAAUAUGACGAGUGAAGAUUAUGUGAGUGUUACCACCAUUCUUAAGCAGUGUAUACUUGCCACAGACCUCUCCCUUCACUUCCAGAUACGCAGCAAGUUUUUUCAGAUAGUUGAAUCGGGUUCAUGUAAUUGGGAGGAUCGUGACCAUAAGGAAGUCCUAAGGAGCAUACUCAUGACAAGCUGUGACAUUGCUAGUAUAACAAAGUCCUGGGAUGUACAGAGGAGGACUGCUUCCCUUGUAAUGACUGAGUUCUUCGAACAAGGAGAUAAGGAGAGAAAUGAACUAAAAAUACAACCUCAGACAAUGAUGGACAGAGAAAAGCAGGAAGAACUACCAAAGCUACAGAUGGGAUGGAUAGAUGGCGUAUGCGUCCCAUUAUAUAAGGCCUUGGGCAAGGUGAAUGAUAGCUUUGAGCCUAUGCUGGGUGGUGUCAUGUCAAACAGGGCAAAUUGGGAGAAACUGGAUGAACAAAGACUGGCUGAUCAAAUGACAAUGAAUGACAAUGGGUGCUGACAUAUGGAGGGAUUCUUUUAAGUGAAAUACAUCUGUAUAAAAUCAUCACUUCCGCAUACAUUUUUCAUAAAUGAUCUAUGAACCAAUCAGAUUAUACACUAGUAUAUAAAGUAGCCAUCUGUGAACAAAUCAGAUUACAAAUACUGUAUAAGGGGUAAUUUCGCCUAAUCAUUUAAUUUGCCUAUUGCCUAAUUUUUGCCAGAUUUGGGAAAUUAAAUAUCGGAAAUA